AUGAUGAUCCUUGUCAAAUUUGUGAAUGUUUUGGUCACACGAGAGCCAACUUUUUUCGGCGUUUUUCAAGGGCUCCGGGUUUUCAGGCUAAUGUGGCCAUCUCUGGUGAUAACGGUGAUUCCAACUGUCCUCAUUAGUGGUUCCCUGACACUGGUUCCAAAACCACGCCCGGAGCCGUGGGGUGUUGCACCAAUUGUUUGUGGUGGUGAUCCGACUAUUGUCACGGCUCGUGACCCUCCUGUCGCGCCCAUAGCCGCUUCUGACCACCACCGCCAGCAACCUGCUACUGCCGAGCCCGUGACCGAGUCCGAGCGGACAGUCACGGACCAGCCGGCUCCUCGGCCAAGAGGCCAGCCUCAUGGCCAGUCUCGUCCCGCGCCCUCACCCGUUCGCUCUCAUGGAAUGAAUAUGAGAAGUUCGGGACCACAUGAUCAUGUUGCUUUAUCUGCUGCUGUUACUCCUGAGCCUACAUGCAGUACAGAGGCAACCAAGGAUCACACUUCAAUAAUGGCUGGUACUAGCACAGGAACCAAGAUAAAGAAAGCAAUCCAAAAACCGGCCGUCGCAUCCCCCGUUUCAGCCCCGGCCGCCGUGGAGACCGCGUUUUCCGACGAGGAUAAAGAGAGAGUUCUGGAAGAGAAUUUGCUAUUGAAUCCAAACGAUGUUGGAGCGUUAAGGAGUUUGAUGGAGAUGAAGAUCCAGAGCCGGAAAAUUGCAGAAGCUAUUGGCAUUAUCGAUCGAUUGAUGGAGAUUGACCCGAGCGAUACGGAGUGGCCGUUGCUGAAGUCCCAUUUGUAUGCUUACAGUGGAGAGGUGGAAACGGCGAAAAAUGGAUUCAAUGAGAUUCUGGCAAAGGACCCUUUUAGGGUUGAGGCUUAUCACGGACUGGUAAUGGCUGCAUCCGAGUCCAAAUCGACCCAGGAUUUGAAGGAAAUCGAGAAAAGAAUCGAUGAGGGGAUGAAGCUGUGUAAGAAGCAAGGCAAGAAGGCAGAAUUUAGGGAUUUCAAGCUUUUGGAGGCGCAAAUUCGGGUGAUUGAAGGAAAGCAUGAUGAGGCUUUGAAGGUUUAUCAGGAAUUGGUGAAGGAGGAGCCCAGGGACUUUAGACCAUACAUAUGCCAAGGGAUCAUAUACACAUUAUUGAGGAAAAACAAUGAAGCUGAGAAGAACUUCGAGAAGUUCCGGAGAUUGGUGCCCAAGGGCCAUCUUUAUGCAACAUACUUUGAUGAAACUAUGAUUGCAACAAAGGUUUUUGCACAGAAAAUGGAGAACGAAAUAGCAAUGUCCAAGAAAUGAAAAGCUUCGGUUUAAUUCAGAGCCCCAAAUUGGCCUGUUUGAGCUGUUCCUAUUGUGGGAUACGGUAUGCUGCAGUUUCUCUGUUGAGUUAUUGACAAGCAUAUACUUUACAUAUAUUGUUUUGCAUAUGUGAUAGUACUACUCU